AACUCGCCGUACAGUAGUUCGCAUCUAAACGCCUCCCAGCCUUCUUCUUUUUUCGCUAAAAACCUAAAAAAUCUGAACAAAACCAUUAUUUGGACCGGAGACGGACCGCAGGAAUGGAGGAAUAUCACCCCACUGACGAGACUUCAUUUCACCCCGACGAGGCAACCAACAUCGUCAAAGAGUGUAUUGAGAACGUUUUAGGAAGUGUGGACUACAGCCAAAGCCAGGUGAACAAAUGGACAUCUAGUAUCGUGGAACUAUCCCUCACACAGCUAGUCAAACAGGGAAAGGCCUACAAGUACAUAGUGACGUGUUCUGUGAUGCAGAAAAGUGGUGCAGGCCUCCACACAGCCAGUUCCUGCUACUGGGACACUGCCAUGGACGGUAGCUGCACCGUGAGAUGGGAGAGCCGCACCAUGUACUGUGUAGUCAGUGUGUUCGCCGUGGCUGUAGCGUAGGACGGACGCAAACCACACGUGCAUACACCAAAACUACCGCCUCCCAAAGAAAAUGUAAUGUGCUCUCGCAACCAGCAGGGGUCCACCAAGUGCCACAGACAUGUCCGUAGUACCACAGUGCAUACAUCUGUCUCUUCCCUAGUAACGUAACCUUUUGACCUCCUAAGCAUCCAGUCAGGCCAAGACGGAGCCACCGGAAAGACAUGAACGGCUGCAUGAUUGUCUCUGCUCUCUGUCAACCUCCAGCUUGCCCCGGCUGAGUCGAUGUGGAGGUAUGGCUGUGAAGGACGUUCUGCUCCUUACACUCACAAAGGCCAUCUUUUAGAACGACGCCGAAAAUGAGCACGAAAUCUCUUGUCCAGUGUGUAUGUAUGUUUGCUUUGCUGCUCUAAGCUUUGGUAAAGCACUGGACUCCUCAUUCACAUUUUACACAAACUCAUAAACUGCAUGUGGUAUCUAUAAGCAAAAAAUGUAAUUAUUGUGCAUUUCUACAUUUCAUUAUCUAUUCAUGUAAUUAUAUUGAAUAGAGGGAAAUGUGUGUGUGUGUGGGGGGGUAAUAUUUUGUACCCAGAGUUGUUGCAAUAAAGUUGGCUCCAGGAUUGAGAGGCAAUAAACUCAGAAGAUUUAUGAAGUAUCACUGUUUUUCUGCCAUUUGUGGCAGGCUAACGUUGGUAGACGGUGCUCUGGGAGAUCUAGCCAGGUACGGCAGGUUGUUAGGAAACACUAUUGUGUCAACCCUGAGUUUCUAGAACCUUAUCAAACAGGAAAAUUUUAGGUGUGUUUGUACAGGUGCAUACUAGUGACUGCCUGUUGUGUGGUCUAAGGACAGGAUGUUGUGUUGCGGUAAAGCCCCUGGAGGCAAAUUUGUCAUUUGUGAUAUUCGGUUAUACAAAUAAAAUUGACUUGACUUGACCCACAUUAGGGCAGGAAGACAUUAGAAUGUGUCCAAGCGCAGGAA